AUGGCGACCAACGGCUUAACCCAAAAUCCUAAUAUAAAACAUGUUCCAUUUCUAAGAGAUAGAACUCCAAAACACAAACUUUUGUCUCCUCAUGUUCCCUCUCUCUCCAACUCAAACAACUUCAAAAGACUUGUAGUUGCUAAUUCUUGUUCCUCCGUUUUAGCACCAGUGAUUCUAAAUGCUCCGCUUGCGGCUCCUCCUCCUCAUCCUCUGGUACCUCGCUCACCGCAUCCACUGUGCUCCGGUGAAGAAACGACAGUACCUUUAUCUAAGGUUUGGAGAGAGAUGCAAGGUUGUAACAACUGGGAUGGUCUCAUCGAACCUUUAAACCCUCUUCUCCAACAAGAGAUCACUCGCUACGGCAACUUGGUCUCCACUUGCUACAAAGCCUUCGAUCUAAACCCUAACUCCAAACGUUACUUAAACUGCAAGUAUGGCAAAAAAACCCUACUUAAAGAAACCGAAAUCGACCAACCUGAGGACUACCAAGUCACUAAAUACAUCUACGCCACACCGGAUAUCAACAUCAGAAUCAAUCCGGUCCAGAAUGAGGCAAAUCGGCAAGGGCGUUGGGUAGGUUACGUUGCAGUUUCAUCUGAUGACUCGGUGAAACGUUUGGGGAGGAGAGACAUCGUGGUGACGUUUCGUGGAACAGUGACUAACCCCGAAUGGUUGGCGAAUUUCAUGAGCUCCUUAACUCCGGCUAGGUUCGAUCCUCAUAACCCGCGUCUCAACGUGAAGGUCGAAUCCGGUUUCUUGAGUUUAUACACAUCCGAUGAGAGUGAGAGCAAAUUCGGACUAGAGAGCUGCAGACAGCAACUUCUGUCCGAGAUCUCAAGGUUGAUUAAUAAGCACAAAGGAGAAGAGCUAAGUAUAACACUCGCUGGACAUAGCAUGGGAAGCUCACUGGCUCAUCUUCUUGCUUAUGACAUCGCAGAGCUAGGUUUAAACCGGAGGAUCGGCCAGGGAGAUAUUCCCGUGACCGUGUUCUCUUUCGCGGGUCCUAGGGUUGGUAACUUGGAGUUCAAGAAACGUUGUGAGGAGCUAGGAGUUAAGGUUUUGAGGAUCACUAAUGUUAACGAUCCGAUCACUAAACUUCCCGGCGUUUUGUUUAAUGAGAAUUUUAGGGCUUUGGGUGGCUCUUAUGAGCUUCCAUGGAGUUGUUCAUGUUAUGCUCAUGUUGGGGUCGAACUCACACUAGAUUUUUUUGACGUCAAAAACAUUUCCUGCGUUCACGAUCUCGACACUUAUAUCAACCUUCUUAACUGUCGGAGAAUAGGCUCGAGAUCAGCCGAUGACGCCAAGGACAGUCACAAUCUUGCCUCAGAAUUUUUGAAGAGAAAGGGUGAUGAGAAGAUGAUGUUCUUGAAGGGACAGGGAAUGAUGCAUUGGACCACCGUCGUGGACUUGCUUUUAUCUGUCUCUAAUAAUAUGUUGUAUUGUAAUAUUUUUUAG